UUCAAAAGAGAGAAUUACCUCCAUUGAUGAAAGGAUAACUUGUCCGUUGUCCAGCCAGUCCUCCUGAACGUAUCAUCCGAGAGCAAGAAGUGAAUAACCCAGCCAUGACCUUACACCUGAACUGUACGACCUUCCGCUCUGCUAACCUGGAAAGUUUUCCGUCUUCUCAAUCCCCACCCAUUUUCAGACGUACCAGAUCCCGAACUGUUAUAUCACUUUCUUUGCUCCCCCGCCUCCAUUUUAACCAAAGGCAACCAUUUCCUCUUGUCCUCAGAGCCCUCUCUUCUGUCACGAGCAUCCAAGACCACCCUCCUCAUGCCUCCAUCUUAGAAUCAAAUGAUGUUGUUGCCAAGCCUCAAUGGAAAGCAGCCAUAGAUUUCAAGUGGAUAAAAGACAACAAAGAAGCUGUUGCGCUCAACAUAAAGAGAAGGAAUUCCAGAGCUAAUUUGGAACUCGUUCUUCAACUCUAUGAGAAAUCUUUAAAUCUCCAAAAGGAAGUUGAACAGAUCCGUGCUGAAAGAAAUGCAGUGGCAAACAAGAUGAAAGGAAAGCUGGAACUUUCUGAACGUCAGAUGCUCAUUGAAGAAGGAAAGAAUCUGAAGGAAGGGAUUCUUACUUUGGAGGAAGAUUUGUUGAAACUCACUGAUCAACUUCAGCAAGAAGCACAACUUAUCCCAAACAUGACUCAUCCAAAUGUUCCAACAGGGGGAGAAGAUGCUGCUGUUCUGAGGACAUUGGUUGGUAGCCCAAGGGAAUUUGGAUUUCCUAUUAAAGAUCACCUUCAGAUUGGGAAAGAUCUGGAUCUUUUUGAUUUUGAUGCUGCUGCAGAGGUGAGUGGGUCGAAAUUCUAUUACUUGAAAAAUGAAGCAGUUUUACUCGAAAUGGCCCUGAUAAAUUGGACUGUCUCAGAAGUCAUGAGAAAGGGUUUUACACCCCUUACUACACCAGAGAUUGUUAGAUCAUCUGUGGUUGAAAAAUGCGGUUUUCAACCUCGAGGAGACAAUACCCAGGUUUAUUCUAUAGAAGGUAGUGAACAAUGCCUGAUUGGCACAGCAGAGAUUCCGGUGGGUGGAAUUCACAUGGAUUCCAUUCUUUCGGAAUCUCAGUUACCUUUGAAGUAUGCAGCUUUCUCCCAUUGUUUUCGCACCGAAGCUGGUUCCGCAGGCACUGCCGGAAGAGGAUUAUAUCGAGUGCACCAAUUUAGCAAAGUGGAAAUGUUCAUUCUAUGCCAGCCAGAGGACAGCGACUCUUACCAUGACGAGUUGAUCAAAAUUGAAGAAGAGCUUUUCUCGUCGUUAGGUCUUCACUAUAAAACUCUAGACAUGGCUACUUUAGACUUGGGUGCGCCUGCAUAUCGAAAAUUUGAUGUUGAGGCUUGGAUGCCUGGUUUAUGCCGCUUUGGAGAGAUAUCGAGUGCUUCGAAUUGUACAGACUAUCAGAGUCGUCGGUUAGGAAUCAGGUUUCGACCAGAGAUGCCCCCAUCUGCUGAGAAGAAGAAGGUGAAAGGAAAUGCUGGACCAACUCGAUUUGUUCAUACACUAAACGCUACAGCAUGUGCUGUGCCUAGAAUGUUGGUAUGCUUACUUGAGAACUAUCAGCAAGAAGAUGGUUCAGUUGUUAUUCCUGAACCAUUGAGGCCGUUUAUGGGUGGACUUAAAGUCAUUUCUCCAAAACCCAUCAUAUAGGA